AUGGAGACGAGAGAAUAUGGUAGCGUUUACUUCUACGCCCCUAACAAAGGAGCGCCGGUGUUCUUCGCCGUGGCCUCUGCGAUGUCAGCGGCUCUACACACUUACAACUGCAUGUCGCCGCCCGAAGACGACCGACAUGCCGCCUCCGACCUGGCCGCGGCUGCCGUGACGGGCCAAGAGGCGGCCGACAUCCCCGCCAUUUCCCAGCAGCGGAAAAUUGUCAGGAGCAGGGAGGCAGACGACGAGGAACUCCGCCAGCGGAUACUCGCCCGACUACCUCACGGCAACAACGACAACGAUUAUAAUAACAAUCACAACAACAUUAUUUACGACGAUGUGCGCGCCCACGCUUUGGCUCCGGAACUGUCCGUUCGAGCACCUCCUCCAUCACACCACAGAGGCCCCGCCCCUGGGGCCGGACUCUCGCAGCACGUUGCGCGGAGCCUGGAGGAUUGGGAAGUGGAAGACUUCGUUCUUCUGGCGACCGUCGAUGGUGACCUUUAUGCCAGCGACCGGAAGACCGGGCAGGAGCGCUGGCAUUUCAAGGCCGACCACCCCAUGGUCGAGACCCGGCAUUUCCGGACCAACCGGACGGUUCUGGAUGAUGAUUACGACCCCAUCGACCACUACAUUUGGGUUGUCGAACCCACCCGGGACGGCGAGCUGUACCUCUGGAGACCCAACGAGGGCGGCGCCGGCUUGGCUAAGAUGACCUUGACCAUGAAGAAACUGGUCGAGGAUCUGUCCCCCUACAACGACAAGCCCAACCGUGUGGUCUACACCGGGGAUAAGAAAACCACCAUGGUCACGUUGAACGCCGCCACGGGGACCAUCAUCAAGCAGUUCGGCUCGACUGGUAGCUAUGUGAACCAAGUCGAAACCGAGAGCUGCUUUAAACCGAACGCGUUAGCGGACCGCGACGAGGAAUGCAGUGAGGACAGCACCAUCACGCUCGGCCGCACCGAAUACACGGUCAGCAUCCACCGCACCGACGGUCACCCGAUUGCAUCCCUGAAAUACUCCGAGUGGGGCCCCAACACGCAAGAUAACGACCUUCUCCAACAAAAUCUCCUAACUAAGGACAGCCGGUACGUCACCAGCCAGCAUGACGGUAAGAUCUACGGCUUUGAGUACAGCCGCUUCCGUGAAGAGCGCCCCAUGUUCACCAAGACGCUCUCGUCUCCCGUCGCCCGAGUGUUUGACGUCCUUCACCGCUGGGAAUCCUCUGCCGGCAUGGACCCGGAGCUCAUUGCCUUGCCCCAGCCGCCGCUCCCUGCCAGCGACGAGGACAGCCUGCGUCUCCGCAGCGAGAAGGUAUUUAUCAACCAGACUGAGGACGGCGGGUGGUAUGCCCUCUCAGGCAGUCGGUAUCCCCUAAUCCUAUCGGCCCCGCUUGCCCCCAUCCAUCGUGUCGACUGGUGGCGGAUCAAGGAAUCCUGGGAUCUGCUUCCGGAGUCACAGAAGUCCAGAGCUUUGGUCGGGACACAUUCGCUGCCGGACGGGCUCGGAUCCGAUGGUAGAGUCCACGAGCCGCCCUCGCGGUUGCUGAUCGAUGCUCCCAAGACCAACCCCGAGGGCCUUAUCGACGGCAACAUCGCCAAACCAGUACCGCCACAUCUUCCCCCCGAACCGGAACCGAGUAGAAUUUUUGAAACGGCAAAGAGAGUGCCAGGCUUUGUCGCGACCAGAGUUUUUGAUCUUGUCAGCAAUCCCGCCGCCAUCGUUCUCUUUGUCAUCACGUUGUGGAUGCUCUACAAAGAUAAGCUUGUCCGCUUCAGUAGGGGAUCGACGGGCAAAAGUAUUGUCUUAAGACCGGAGAUUGAGGUCAACCGUACGGUGCCAAGUCCUGCGGUUCCCACGGACGAGGCCCCUACUACCGUCCACCCGGCGGAACCCAAGGCAGAGGCUGCAGCACUGGAUGUUGUCCCUGCUGACGCAAUUCCUGGCGGCCUCCCUGCCACUGGUGCAGUCCCCACCGAGACUCUAGCAGAGGCAAAGGCGGACGCACCGCUGCCUGGUCAAGCGCCCCCUCCUACCGUCACCUUUGCGGACCCCCCAGCGAUCCAGGAGCCGGCGGAAGGACCUGAUACCGCCGCGUCUGGGGAGCCCGUCAAGAAAAAGAAAGGGCACAGGGGCCGUCGGGGAGGCGUCAAGCAUCGCAAGGGCAACAAAGACAAGCGUGACAAUUCGCAGUCACGCGAUGAUGAUCCGCCAGAGGAGACCGUGGAUGAGGUCAUCACCAAGGCCAAGACUCUUGUCAAGGAGCCCAAGCUAGAGCCGGACAUUAUCACAAUGUCCGGCGUCGCGGACGAGGUGUCGGGCCAUGUGCUCAAGAUGGGCAGUCUUGAGGUGAAUGAAGCCGAACAGCUAGGCACGGGCAGUAACGGUACCGUUGUCUUUGCCGGAAAGUGGGACGGCCGCGAUGUUGCCGUGAAACGCAUGUUGGUGCAAUUUAAUGAGAUCGCCAGCCAAGAGACGAGGCUGCUGAGAGAGAGCGACGACCACCCGAAUGAAAGGGCCGCGUUCCUUUACAUCGCGUUGGAACUCUGCCAAGCUUCUCUCGCCGACAUUGUGCAAAAGCCGCACUGUUUCAGGGAACUGGCGCAGGCUGGUGAGCGGGACAUGCCGGGCGUCCUGUGGCAGAUUGCCCACGGAUUGAGCCAUUUGCACAGCCUGCGCAUCGUCCACCGCGACCUCAAGCCCCAAAACAUCCUGGUCAACAUGGGCAAGAACGGGCAGCCCCGGAUUUUGGUUUCUGACUUUGGCCUGUGCAAGAAGUUGGAGGGCGGACAGUCCUCGUUCGGCGCUACUACCGCUCACGCCGCCGGAACCACCGGGUGGCGGGCGCCAGAACUCCUGAUCGACGACGACGCGCCGGUCCCCACGUCCAUGAUCAUGACGGACCCCGGCUCCAGCAUGCACAGCGCGUCCGGCUCCGGCUUGGUGGAGGGUCCGGGGCCCCACAGCCGGCGCGUGACGCGUGCUAUCGACAUCUUCUCCCUCGGCCUAGUCUUCUUCUACGUGCUCACGCGCGGUAACCACCCAUUCGACUGCGGCGACCGCUUCAUGCGCGAGGUCAACAUCCGCAAGGGAAACUACAGCCUGCAGCUCCUCGACGCCCUGGGUGACUUUGCCUUCGAAGCCCGCGACCUCAUCGGGAGCAUGCUCAACGCCCACCCCAAACAGCGCCCGACCGCCGUCGACGUCAUGGCCCACCCCUUCUUCUGGAGCUACAAGAAGCGCCUGGCUUUUCUAUGUGACGUAUCCGACCACUUCGAAAAGGAGCCGCGCGACCCGCCCUCCCCCGCCCUCUCCCACCUUGAGACCCACGCCCCGGACGUCGUCCAGGGCGACUUCCUCAAGCACCUCCCGCGGGAGUUUGUCGACAGUCUGGGCAAGCAGCGCAAGUACACGGGCACGCGCCUGCUGGAUCUGUUGCGGGCGCUGCGGAACAAGCGGAAUCACUACGAGGAUAUGCCUGACACGCUGAAGAAGACGGUCGGGCCGUUGCCGGAUGGGUAUCUGGCGUUUUGGGCGUGCCGGUUUCCGAAUCUGUUGAUUGCGUGCUGGAAUGUGGUCUAUGAUUUGCAUUGGGAGGGGACGGACCGGUUCAGGGAUUAUUAUGUCCCUGCGCCGCCGACGGUGUUGUAG